AUGAAAAACCAUUGUUUAAAUACAAUGUAAAUUCAUUUAUCAACCUUUUAAAUGAUAAAACAGAUGUCAAAGAAUACAUUUUAGCGUUUUACAACUUUUUGGAAUAUGGAUGUAUUGAUCAAAAGUCAUCUGAAACAAGUUUGAAGACCUGUGAAAGAUCGGCUGGCAUCAUGGGCGAGUGGUCCAUCUUAUCAGAGCUGUUGGACAAGGUCGAAUCACAUUCGACUAUAUUUGGCAAGGUCUGGAUGAGCGUUUUGUUCCUCUUCAGAAUCUUCAUUCUAGCAGCUGGAGUAGACAGAAUAUGGGGAGAUGAACAAGCAAAUAUGGACUGUAACACCCAGAGCCCCGGCUGCAAGAAUGCUUGCUAUGAUAAGUCCUUCCCCAUAUCUCACACACGUUUCUGGGUGCUCCAAAUCCUAACCGUCUCAACACCUACAUUCAUCUAUCUGGGUCACGUCCUGCUUGUUAUUCGCAAAGAGAAUAAGAUCAGGCGACACAAUCUUGACCCCAACAGGAAAAUCAAAUCUCCCAAAUAUUCUGAUGAAAAUGGCAAGGUGCAGCUUAAAGGCUUCCUGUUGGUCAGCUACAUGAUGCAGCUUCUGUUCAAGAUCUUGCUGGAGGUGGGCUUCAUCGUGGGCCAGUACUUCAUCUACGGUUCCAUUCUCAUACCUGAUAAGAUUACGUUCCAAGGCGGAAGUUGUCGGACUGACACAAACUGCUUCAUUAGCCGUCCAACUGAAAAAAAUGUGUUUAUCAUUUUUAUGUUGGUGAUGGCUGUCCUCUCUGUACUGCUCAACAUUGCUGAAAUGAUUCAUUUGAUGAUAUUGAAGAUCAAGCAAAGAUGAAAGCAUUGGCUCAUUUCUUUGACAAUAAAUUUGCCCAAUGUUUAAAAAUCCAAACAAAUAAGCCGGCUCCCAUUGAGGUCCCACACUAUAACGUGAAAGAUUGAAAUUUUACCUGAUAAUGUAUGACGCACUAUUUUGAGAUGAUAAUGAGAUGCCCGAUGCAGGUCACAACACAAAUACAGCCCUGCACUUUUAUUAUUCCUGUGCUCUAGUUUAUACAAUGUUAUUUUUGUGUGUGACAUUUUUCUAAAUUCUUGAGCUGUCAUGGAAGUGAAAAAUUGUUGCCUGCUAGUCUUGAGCAAAACUAUGUUGUUGCCAUGUUAUGUAUUGUAUGACAACCACUUGUUUUUUUUUAUACUUUCUGUACAUCUGCAAAUGAACCGCAAAUAAACUAAAGUACAAUA